AUGACCUACGGAUCAGGAUUCGGCGGCCGCGCCUUCAGCUGCUUCUCAGCCUGCGGUACCCGCCCCAGCCGCUGCAGCAUCACGGCCGCCCCCUACCGCGGCAUCUCCUGCUACCGCGGCCUCACCGGGGGCUUCGGCAGCCGCAGCCUCUGCGAGGGCUUCCGCACCGGCUCCUGCGGCCGCAGCUUCGGGUACCGCUCUGGCGGCGUGUGCGGCCCCAGCCCGCCCUGCAUCACCACCGUGUCGGUCAACGAGAGCCUCCUCGCGCCCCUCAACCUGGAGAUCGACCCCAACGUGCAGUGUGUGAAGCACGAGGAGAAGGAGCAGAUCAAGUGUCUCAACAACAGGUUCGCUGCCUUCAUCGACAAGGUGCGCUUCCUGGAGCAGCAGAACAAGCUGCUGGAGACCAAGUGGCAGUUCUACCAGAACCGCCAGUGCUGCGAGAGCAACCUGGAGCCCCUGUUCCAGGCCUACAUCCAGACACUGAGGAGGGAGGCCGAGUGCGUGGAGGCCGACAGCGGGAGGCUGGCCUCGGAGCUCAGCCACAUGCAGGAGGUGCUGGAGGGCUACAAGCAGAAGUACGAGGCGGAAGUCGCUCUGAGAGUGACAGCGGAGAAUGAGUUUGUGGCUCUGAAGAAGGAUGUGGACUGCGCCUACCUCUGCAAGUCAGACCUGGAGGCCAACUCAGAGGCCCUGAUUCAGGAGAUCGACUUCCUGCGGCGACUGUAUGAGGAGGAGAUCCGAGUUCUCCACACUCACAUCUCAGACGCCUCGGUCAUCAUCAAGAUGGACAACAGCCGGGACCUGAAUAUGGACAGCAUUGUGGCCGAGAUCAAGGCGAACUAUGACGACAUUGCCGGCCGCAGUCGGGCCGAGGCUGAGAGCUGGUACCGCAGCAACUGUGAGGAGAUGAAGGCCACGGUGCUCCGGCAUGGGGAGACCCUGCGCCGCACCAAGGAGGAGAUCAACGAGCUGAACCGCGUGAUCCAGAGGCUGACGGCCGAGGUCGAGAAUGCCAAGUGCCAGAACUCCAAGUUGGAGGCCACUGUGACCCAGGCGGAGCAGCAGGGCGAGGCGGCCCUUAAUGAUGCCCGCUGCAAGCUGGCCGGGCUGGAGGAGGCCCUGCAGAAGGCCAAGCGGGACAUGGCCUGCCUGCUCAAGGAGUACCAGGAGGUGAUGAACUCCAAGCUGGGCCUGGACAUCGAGAUCGCCACCUACAGGCGCCUGCUGGAGGGCGAGGAGCACAGACUGUGUGAAGGCGUUGGGGCCGUGUCAGCAGCUCCCGGGGCGGGGUCGUCUGCGGGGACCUCUGCGUGUCCGGCUCCCGGCCGGUGA